AUGGUAGAAUUCAAUCGAGGGGGCUACUCCAACAACUACGUUAACCACAACGGCAGCAACACUUUUGUUAGUGGCUCCAGUGAUAGCACAGGAAAUCAACGUGGAUCUCCAAGCACGAGCACAACGUCCAAUGAGUUUAUGUCCAGUCAUGAUUCGUUUGACAAACAGAGGAGCAUACCUCCCCUUCGGGUGGCUGUGCCCUCACUACUGAUGCCUCCGUCACUACCCACGUUUUUAUCUUCAGCUUCAACUUCAGCUUCAGCUGCCGUGCCACUACCACCUCAGCACUCGCUAAUGUCACUACCACCACCAAUAACUUCGGCAAUGAACGGCCAUGGAACGCCGCCGCCGCAAAUACUCAAUAAUCACCAGAACAGCUAUAACAGUCCCAGUAAUAAUAGUGUAAUGUCAAAUGGCAGCCACUUUUACCCGCACCAUUUGCAAAAUUUUGCCCCAUUUCCCUCCGUGAGCCUGCUGCCGCAGCCGCUUCAAAUACCACUGCAUCGCUUAAACCUGAACCUGAACCCAAAUCUCAUAAACUGUGGCCAAUUGCUACCACACCCACAACAUCAACCACAACAUCAACCACAACAUCAGCAUCAAAGUCAACAUCAAGGUCAACAUCAACCUCAGGGUCAAUCUCAAACGCAAUCAAGCCUGCCGCAACCUCUGGGUCAAUCUCAAACGCAAUCAAGCCUGCCGCAACCUCUGCUGCACAAGGUCCACCGUCACACCAGUAGUACUAGCAGUUUAAACAACAGAGCCACCCCCGAGUACCAAAGUCCUACUUUAAAGGUUGCCGAAAACUUGAAUGGCAACACCAUCAACCGCGACAAAUUCCAAUCGCAACUGUACCACAUGGGAAACCAAUCACCUUCAAACAUACAAUACGUGAGACAGUUUCUGCACCAUUUGAACCCGACGUUUGCCGUUAAUUUAAAGUUUAGCAGAGACUUGAAUGCCAUGACGCGGGAUUGGACCCAGGAGGAAAUCAAGGACCGUCGUCGACUUGUUAGAUUCAGUUAUCAUAACAAUACCAGUGCUAAUGAAUCCAACAACAUCAUGCAAGAGAUCAACUUUGAGCCAUUGAGGGCUACCGAUUACGAUAACACCAAAGCCAUCAUUUCGUGCAUCUAUUGGAAAGAAAAGAGCAAAUUCAUCUGUACGUCGGUUGACAUCAUCUUGCUUUUAGAAUACUUUGUCCAUCAGAGCUUUGGAAUCGAAGAAAAGAACAGAAUUCGAAGGAAUUUGCAAAGUUUAAAACCAAAGACUGUUUCGAGAUCAAAUAGAGAUGACCGGGAUUUUUUCAGCCUCAUUAUGAGUAUGGAGAACCCAAGACCGAGGAACAUUGAAAAGGACUUGAAAGUUUUCAACUGGAGCGAUUUGGGCAAGGCAAUCACCAAGGUGAUGUCCAAGUACUACGUCGUGUCCCCGCCUUCGCCCCAGGCAUCGAAUUUGUGGGCCAACCCAUCAUCUACCACGAGUUCCAAUUCAUUGGCUGGCGACAACAGGGCCGUGGAGUAUAUCCCCAACAGCGCCUCUGGCUAUCAUUCGCGGCCUCCUUCUUCGAAUGUAAAUUACGAUGCAGCAGCAAACCAGUCUCAUCAUCUCCUAAGCACCAUUACCAAUGCAAACCCUUCUAAUUCCCAAAAUGAAAAUUCUUUUAGAGACGGCACACACACGUAUGCGACGGCAGCACCACCAUCCUCGGUGCCGUCCUCGGUGCCGUCCUCGGUGCCACCAUCAUUACGCCGCACAUCUCCUGACGAUAGCGACUACAACGAUUCCUUAUCUAGCUCGGGAGGCGAACAGCUGUAUGAUCGGCUACUGAAGCCCAAUUAUCCUUCUCGUCUCCAAUCGGUGCCAAUCCCACGUUAUCCUCCGAGCAUGCAACCUUAUGGCCAGAACUUUGCCAUUGACAACCACGAAUCCUCGAAUUCGAAUGGAAAGCUGAAAAACAACACCCCUUUUGCUCCUCAGGUGGGAUUUCCAUUGCCUCCACUUCGUUCCAAUUUGACGUCGAACAUGCAAUCCAAUACACCAGCUCCGCCAUCGACGUUUGACUCGUCAAACAACUCAUCAAACAACUCGUCGACGCCACCGGAUUCCUCAGCGGUGCCAACGGCAUCGUCGGCGUUUUCCAACGAAAGCCCCGAGAGAAAUAAUGCCGAAGAGCACCCUCCUCCGAAAGAUGUGCAUAGUUUGUCUGCUUCGUCGUCGUCGUCAAAGAUACAGCAGACCAAGAGCAGAUACCAUCCGGACAACAAUACCAACUCCACUUUGUACCCGUCCACAAAUAAUUUUUCAAAAAGCCCUUCUUCAAACAAGAAUGAAGGCGAGGGAGCCAACUCGGGUUCAGAGAGAGGGUCGAGCAACGAGGAUGUUUCUAGCGCGUCUUCGGGAGAGAAUAGCGCCAACUUUUCGGGAAGUAGCGGCAAAAACGGUUCUGCUGCAAACUCGGGUAGUGAGUCGAGCAGCUCGAAAGAUAGCAAUAGUUUGCUUUCUCUAAAUAGAGACUCUGGAAAUUCAAGUCAUGCUUCGUCACGCUCAAACUCGACUGCGAGCUACGCCAACGGCAAGUUCACCCCGCUCAGGUUUGAGUACAUGGGGAGCAACAACAAUGGCAGCAAGAGCCAUCUCCGCGACUUGGUUGAAAAUCUGAACUCGCCCAUCUCGGAAUACGCAUACGAGGAGAAUGGUGGCGACGAGGACGAAGAUGGGUCCAUGGAGAGCGAGUACCGCGACUCGAACCACAACUCGGGUGGCGACGACGGAAUGGACAUUGAUGCAGACGGCGAAGGAAAAGCGCUCAACAAGGUGAUGUAUAAACCAAAGAAACCAAAGCACAAGCAGAAACAGAAGCAGAUGCACCGGGAAUUGGCCGGUGGGCAAAGCUCAAAUUACUUUGACGACAAUAACGGCACCGAGCAAAACCCGGCUCGCGAAAAGCCAAAGCUCCCGUCGAUUUUCCUGUUACUAAAGCCCAAUUUCCAAAAUAACGAAAUGUCGAUGCCCGCGUUGGCAGAUGAUAAUGUCCCCAAGCACAAGCUUCCUUCAAUUUCAAAAGUCCAGAAAUGGAAAGAUUAUUAA